AUGGCUUACCUAUGUGUGCUGUGUAUGGGCAAGACAACAACUAAUCGGAACCGACAUUGCCACAAUGACCACCACCAAAUCCUAGUACGAGCUGAAAAAGGCUGGGUUGAGCGCAUUGCCUCUUGGAGGGCGGAAAAUCAAGCUUCAGGCAAGUUCAAUUACGUAGUUGAUGAGGGAAUCAUUCAAAUGGACAUGGUCGUCGAUCAGAACCAGGAAACUUGUGUCGAGGGAUUCGAGUUGGAGCCGGAUGAGAAUGAACUUGUACCAGAACCGUACAUCGUGCCACUUGAUAUCUUCGAGGAGGAAGAAUCCAAAAUCAAUGAAAGCAAUGAGGAUCCUCUCUGGAUGUCUUUCAAUCAAGAUUCUGUUGGUCAGAUCUCUUCAGAACCGGAUGUGUUGUCCAGUAUUGAUCCUUUGCCCUUGUUCCGCAUUGAAGAAGAAAAAAUUGAUAAUGCAACGGCAGAUAACUUGACGUGGUUUCCAUUCUUGAAUAAAGAAUACUUGAUUGCCUCACUGCUGGUCGGGUACUUACAUAAACUGAUUUCUAGGCAUCUUUACCAUCAAUUCCAACUCGUCUUCACCCUUUGCCACAUCAGACUCCCUCGAUGGGAGACCGUGAGACGCAUGUGA